ACAAGAAUUCGACCAUCGUCAAGUAAGAUUCUUCCCGAGUGACUGUACCCAAUUUCGGCUUGUUUUCUUUUCGUACAUUGCAGGAUGCAGUACUUUAUACUAUUUUUCUCUUUUCUUCCUGGAAUCGUUUAUGGAAGCUUUUUCCAGAUCGAUUAUCCAAACGUCAAUGUAUCUGCGGAGCCAGGUGGUGAUCUCACAUUUGAGGCAGGCAUAGGUGGUGAUGUAAUUUUAAAACCCGGAGCAGGAGGAACCGUCAUCAUUGCCGGAACAGACCUCAGGAAAUUUAUAGAGAAAGUGAAAAGCCUGCCACCAAUAUGGACGAAACAGUCAGUCCACGGAUCUUUGGGAGCGUUCACUUCAGGAACGAAAAUAGCUGUGUCCGUCGAAGCUAUGGACCCAGAUGGGGGUAAUAUUCAAUACAAGGUCAUAUCCGGUCAUCUUCCUCCCGGGACCUCUCUAAAUUCUACAACAGGAGUCGUCAGUGGCACUGCACCGGAUAUAGACGCGUCGUACACAUUCGGAAUUCGUGCUACGGACCAGCACGGAAAAUACGCCGACGGAACCUUCUCUAUCGAUAUCAGAGAAAAGGAUCAGUGCAUAUCCAAUCCCUGUCAAAAUGGCGGCACAUGCUCAGACGAUUUUGGAAGGUACAAGUGCACAUGCUCUUCAGACUAUGGCGGAGAACGCUGUGAACUAAGGUGCGACUCUAAUCCUUUUGGAGUUGACAAUGCAAAGAAAACGAUUCCUGACGCUCAGAUGUCCGCCCACUAUACGUUCUCCAACCACUUCGCAUCCAACGGUCGACUUCACAGCAGAGACGGUUGGAUAGGGGAAAGCACCAGCUCUUGGCUACAGGUUGACCUGGGAGAGGUUCGCUCCGUGUACUCUGUAGCUACACAGGGAUAUCGAUCAUCAACCUACUACACCCUCUCUUACAAACUUCAAUACAGCACGGAUGGGAACAGUUUCCAUGACGUCAUCGGGAGUAACGGAUCAGCAAAGGACUUUUUCGGGAGCAGUAGCUAUGACUCCGUGAUUAAACAUUACCUUCCCAGCAUUAUUAGCGCAAGGUUCAUCCGGUUUGUACCUCUAACGUGGCACACUGGCGGGAAACCGGGGCUUCGGGUAGAAGUAUAUGGCUGUUAACCAGAAAAACCAAUCAAACUUUAUGUUCGAAUAAGUUCGUGGAAAUGUUAAUAUAAUCAUUUUUCUCAUUACCUUGAAUGUAUGUACAAGACAGAUACACUGCUAUUAAUAAAUACACCUUUUCUUUA